AUGAAGUCCAUUCUCUCAAUCGCAUCUUUGGGGUGUUUCCUUGGUAGUGCAUAUGCGCAUACGAUCUUCCAGGAACUCUGGGUGAACGGUGUUGCUCAAGGACAUAAAGUCGGCAUCAGAGUACCAAGCUACGACGGGCCCAUCGAGAACGUCACUACGAACGAUCUCAUCUGCAAUGGCGGAAUCAACCCUUACUUCCAGCCUAUAUCCCAGACUAUCAUCGAUGUGCCAGCUGGUGCAGAGGUGACCGCUGAAUUCCACCACACGAUCCACGGGAAAAAUCCAGGCGACUUGUCCGAUCCAAUUGAUCCUACUCACAAAGGCCCUCUUUUGGCAUACCUCGCCAAGGUUCCAUCCGCCCUCCAAACUGAUGUUACUGGCCUCGACUGGUUCAAGAUAUACGAGGAUGGUUACGGACCUGGGACACAAUGGGCUGUAGACAGACUCAUUGCCAACGAGGGCUUAGUCACAUUCACGAUCCCUGAAUGCAUCCCCGCCGGAGAGUAUCUCCUUCGUGUUGAACUUAUUGCCCUCCACUCGGCGUUUUCUUACCCUGGCGCCCAAUUCUAUAUGUCGUGUGCUCAGAUCCGAGUCACUGGAGGGGGCAACGCAGUGCCCGCUCCUAUCACUCACUUCCCCGGAGCCUACAGCGGCACUGACCCCGGCAUCAAGUUGAGCAUCUAUUAUCCUCCAGUCACAAACUACGUCAUUCCAGGACCUCCCGUCUUCUCUUGCAACGGGACCGCCCCUAGUACUAGUUCUGCCGUCGUUCCCUCGUCCCCAGUAUCCUCCACGGUAGCACCUCAGCCUACUGGCCCCACGGUCGGACAAUGGGGACAAUGCGGUGGCAUCGGGUACACUGGACCUACGACGUGCGUCGCUGGUACUACUUGCUUCGCUCAAAGCGACUACGUUCGUACCUCGCUUUUUUGUUUCGACGCAGGCUAA